AUGAUAUGCUUCUACUGGGCUACAUUCGUCUGGCGACUCAUGACGAAUGACUUCACUGCUGUAUCGCCAUCGCGUCGUGGGCCUUUUCGUGGACUAUGGGAGCCUGCAUGGCCCAUGGAAGGAGGCUACAUGAUCGAAGACUCGCCAAAUAUAUCUAACAUUAUCGAUGAGAGAGAACGGCGCAAGCUAUUCCAGCAGCUAGAGAAUGCUCGACUGGGACAUGUUCUGGUUGGCGCUUGGAAUAAUCGAUAUGGCAGCGUGGAUGAGGUUGUUCGUGAUAUCGAGUUGGCAGCAGUCGAGGUGGGCAUAACCAUCUCUGGCGACGAGGUUGACAUUGGUGAGAAGUGGGAGGAUGUGUUCGAGUUCAAGGACGGGAAGCUGGGCUUCAGACUUAGAGCUGAUUAG